GAUGGAUUGACGUUUGACUGGGACUGGGGAAGGGGGGAAGAAGUGAGCGACCUUAACCUCAAAAAUAUUUUUAGUUUGGUUGCGAAAAUAAAAUACGAAAUCAGAGACGAGAUGUUGUUUCCUCCAGCCAGCGGAGUAGGAGUUACAGGCGGUUUUAUUAUAAAAGCACCGAAAGUAAUUCGAUUGCUACGAAAAGGAUGUACCAACAGACCCUUCUAUCAUAUCGUUGUUGCUGUGAGCGGAAAUCAUCAAAGCCGACCAGUUAUCGAACAAUUAGGCACCUACGAUCCCAUGCCUAACGAACAAAACGAAAGACUAGUGUCUCUGAACUUCGAAAGAAUAAGUUAUUGGAUAGGCAAUGGCGUUACCUUUUCCACACCUACAGCUCAACUUUUAGGCCUCGCAGGCUACUUACCCAUACACCCAACGAGUUAUAUAUCUGCGUGGAGGAAUAGACAAAAAUUAGAGGAAGAAAAAGCCAAAGAAUUAGAGAUUUCAGAACAAAAAGAGGCUAACGCUAGCCAAUAAAGAGUUAAGUUUUAUAUAAUUUAGAAUAGGUAGUUAAAUAAAAGAUUGUUUAUACUUUUAA